UUUUGGUCUCGUGUCGUGUUUUUCUUCCUUCGUUUUCUUUUUCUUCUCCUUCAAGGUUUACUUCCUUUUUUUCUUGUCAUCUACCUUAUUUGUUUUCUUCCUCUUUAAGUUUCUGUUCUUGCAAUUUUUUGUCAUGUUUUUGUAUCUUGUUUCCCUCUUAGUAUCCAGCCUCUCCGUUCGUUCUUGUUCUCGUUUCCUUCCGCCUGUUAAAUUACGCGGCCCAAAAGCCACAGGUGAGACAUGAUAUGGCAUGGGUGCGAAAAUCAGACCGUGGCCAAUUUAAAACUUGCACCCGGCGCCAGAUUAGGGGGUUUCAGCUUACUAUUUUUGGCGUCGGAAUAUUUUGGUUGCCCUUUUCUUCGGUUCGGUUUUCUUUUGAGUGUGACCUUUUUGGCCCGGGUUUGGUUCCUGGUCUCCUGUGGCCCUUCAAAGAAACGGGGAUGUAUAAUAAAGACCCUCGUGUAUACUAAUGGUCCUAAGUCAUCAUAUUCAUUGCAGAUUUGGGGACAAUCGAGUUUAAUUGAAGGAAAAUACAAAUUAGAGCGGCAGCCGGGACAAAAGAAAGCACCGACAUUCCCGCAGCCGUUGGGCACAGGCUUCCAGGGCCUGGUUUGUCUAUGUUCAACAGUCAUGCUUAUAAGUCCAAACUUCUUGCAUUUGAAAAUUUCGACAAAAUCUUGUGAGCGGGUCUAUGAAACAAACAAAGCAUAGAUUCAGCCCUUGGUGCACGGACCCCUGUCCUCACCUAGCUUGUCAUUUGCCAAUGAGGCCGUGCGAACCGGAGCCUCACAAGGCCAAGCAGAUGAAUAAGUAGAUCGGCCACCAGUCUCCUAGCCUUCGUGUCGCAAUCAAUUCG